AAUCGCAACGCUUGUAGUAUAGGUAUACGUCCGUGUGUAAGCGGCGACGAACUUCGUUGUUUUGAGCGAUCUCCCAGAAAAUGCUCCCGACAGGGGAGCAGUUUGUGAAAGUAGCGACAGCGCUCUUGCAUCCGACUCGUCGCAUCUGCUGACAAGAAGAGGCAGUCACGUAUACACUCACGUGUGACUCUGCAACUCUUGCAGGGGCGCUGCCGAGCGCGACUACAACAGACAGCCCGGUCACAGAAGACAGCGAGGAUCUCGCCACCAGCGGCAGCAGUUCGUCGACCCACCGGCCCCGGUGGACUACUGCUACUACCGCGACGACGUCGGUUACUACCCCGAGCCCUGGGCGAUGCCGGAGUCCGGUAUUCACGACCUCGCGACCGAAGUCUGCGCAAGUGACGGUCGGGCUGCCGGACAGGAGAGAGCGGGAGGUUCGCAAGGUUUCUCAUCUUCGAGGUCUUCGUCUUCGGCGUCUUGCACCGCCGCCGAAGUCGCCGCGACGUCGAGCCAGUCGCCCUCCGGCCCGAUAGCACCGCGGGAGAGACGUCUCCUGUCGCUCAUGGACCGUACGGGUUACCCCAUGAUCCAGGACAACGGACAGCGGCGCUACGGGCCGCCGCCCUUCUGGCAGGGCGAGCCGCCUCCCAAGGGCUGCGAGGUGUUUGUCGGAAAGCUGCCCCGGGACCUGUUCGAAGACGAGCUGGUUCCUUUCCUGGAACGCGCCGGACGGCUCUACGAGGUGCGACUCAUGAUGGACUUUGCCGGCUCGAACCGGGGCUACGCGUUCGCCACGUACUCAACGCGACGCGAGGCCCGGCGCGCCGUACGCGACCUGGACGAGCGGGAGAUCCGGCGCGGUCGCCGGGUGGGCGUGUGCGAGUCGCUGGACAAUUGCCGCCUGUUCGUGGGCGGCAUACCGCGCGACAAGAACCGCGAAGACGUCCUCGAGGAGAUGCGGCGCGUCACCGAGGGCGUGGUGGACGUCAUCCUCUACCCCAACGUGGCGGACAAAACGCGAAACAGGGGUUUCGCCUUCGUCGAGUACGUGGAUCACAAGGCGGCGGCCGUGGCGCGCCGGCGCAUGAUUCCUGGGAAGAUGACCCUCUGGGGAGGCUACGAGGUGGCGGUCGACUGGGCCGAGCCCGAACCCAUCGUGGACGAGGAGACCAUGAAGAAGGUCACAGUGCUGUACGUUCGCAACCUGUUGCUGAGCACCUCGGAGGACGCUAUUCGUGAAGCCUUCACCCUUGAGGGCCAGCUCAACGUUGCCAAAGUCAAGAAGAUUCGGGACUUCGCUUUCGUCCAUUACACAAACAGAGAAGAUGCAAAGCUUGCACUGCAAGAAAUGAGAGGUGCUGAAAUCGAAGGGACUCCAAUCGAGGUUGCGUGGUCGAAACCGGCGAAUCGAGGGAAACGUUUCGACCGCCUCACCAAUUCUGCAAAGAAAAGCAAGGCGCUUCCACAUGGCAGUAGCAGCAACCUUUACGGAGCUCCUGUGGUAAUGCCAUCACACAUGGGAGCUGUUGGCUACGGAUUCUACCCUCUGGCAUCGCAUCCUGUCCCUCUGCCAAUUGGAUCUGGCAGACCCGGCAGUGCCGAGGCCAUUAUGCACGGCCACAAUGGAGUGGCUCCCUUGCCCCGUCAAGGCAACACAAGAUCAACACGCUGUCAAGGAACAAUACAGGUUCUGACUGAUGUGUGUGAAAGGCAAGGAUGGGGUGUGCCACAGUUCCAGCUUGUCACAGUGAUGAGCUCAGAGUGCAACCCUGUGGACAGCAGUGAACCACAGAUGCCCCUUUACUUUUUCAAGGUGACACUGCCAAACAUCUCACCAGCAAUGUACAAUACCAUCACACCAAACAAAUUCUGUCGUACCAUUGAAGAAGCUCGGGAGUAUGCUGCUGAGUACACCCUCCACCAUCUGCUUCUGAGACUUGACAUGGCUACCCCUGCCCAGUACCCGCACCUGACGAGCCCGGUUUUCAUAACUACCCCAACACCUGCAGCCCUGGGCCAGGGCUACCCUCAGUAUGCUGCUGUGCUACCCGGAGCAGGUAGUCCCGCCAUUACUGGGCCCCCUUGGCAGCAUCACCCAGGCAAUCCGUCGCCUCCGCAGCUGUAGCUCUGCCGUGUGCUUUGCUGCCUUGUGUUUCUUCGUGAACACGACAGCACGGCCCAUCUACAUUCCAGCCUAUCACAACGCAACAUACUGACGUGCCUUGUGUCCUUGGGACUGCCUUCAUCUAUAGUAUCUCAAAGUGUUUCGUUUCGCUCCACAUUCUUUCUUGGCCACCAAAGGGGCGAGGCCAGUCUGCCGCGUCUUUGGCUUUGCCAUUGAACCUCGUGAACAUUAUGCUCCAAGGAGAGAUUUUUUGCUGAUUAAUGAACACAGCCCAGCACAGAUAACCAAAAGAACACCUCAUUUCCGGCACUCUUUGAGCACUUGAUGCUACGACCUAUGUGAUAACAGCAGGCGAAUCGAUUGACGUUCUGAAGAUGACCACCUAAGGAACAAGUUUAGGGGCAUGCCGUCUCAUCAAAAUUGAACUUGACCAUUCCACAAAGCAGGUUCAUUUCUAACGAUUCCUGGGACCAGUGUCAGGUUAGAGAAAUGCGUGCUUGAAAUGUAUGGUGAAAUAUUGCUGCCGUCCAAUCCCAAGUUUUUGUAAAGCUAUGUCCAUAGCAGUGUGGAAAAAAAAUAGUUUAAUUGAAGCAGCGGCACACUUUUUAACAUGCUUUUCACUGCUCCUUUGAGACGACAGGUCUGCUUUGAAUGGGUGUGCUUCGCAUACUUGUUGACUCAAUUUUGAAGCCAUACUAUGCAACCUGGAAUCACUAAGUGAAGUUGACAGUGAAAAUGGUUGUAGUCAUUGGGGCUUAUCAUGUGGACUUCCGCUGCCAGGAAUGAUGGGUCACCAUCUCUUAAUCUGUGCUUGCCUGUGUUCAGUAAUCACUUGUGUUCCCUUAAAAACUUGGCGUACUGUACAUCUUUCUUUUUACAGUUUAUCUUAUAUAUUUUUUUAUGCGUUUAAAUGUUCGGUGUUUGACGUGUUUAUGCAUUCCAUGCUUUUAUCAUGGUAGCAUAGCCAAGUAGCUGUGCCUACAUUUUUUGCCAAAGAAACCUCUUGUAUCUCAUUGUGUUCCCUUGCUAUUUAUGUGCACGGGAGGUCUUGCCAAUUCUUUUAGCUUUUAAACUCAGAAAUUUACAGUCUUGCAGCCAUUUUAGCUUUGCCUGGAUUGUAGGCUUUUACUGUCUACAUUGAAAGAUGAACUGCACCACGUCAAUAUUGGUUAGUGUGAUGCUGCCCAUAAUUGCGCACUGUUUCCAGGUAUGUGCAUAUUGCUUGCCUCGAAAUUCAUAUAUUUGGGACAGCAUUAAACUUGGAAAUACCACAUAAGUAUUUGCAUCAAAACUUUAUGCUGUGUGAGGCGCAGAAGGUUUACAAUCUGCACAAUGAAAAGAUCUAUGAAUUAAAAGAAGUUUUUGUGUUUUUUUUUGUUGCAGAACAAUACAAUGCGCAUUAAUUUCAUAAACAGUAGUUUGAAAGGCUACAAAUACAGCAUGAGAAGCUAUAUAUAAAGAAUUUCGGAACACAAAUGUAUUUUUGGAAUACUUUUAUCUCUGGUGCUUCGAAUUGUGCAUGUUGUUUCCCAACAAUGUGUUUGAAAAGACGGGGCACUUUUGAGACAAUCGCCUCACACAAAUGACCAAACUGGAUGUAGAAACGAAUUAGAAUCGUUAUUUUACUUCAGUAACAACAGCUUUAUCUUUUAAGGUGCAUGGGAAGCAAACCUGUGUUGUGUCAAAAAUGUACAAUGGUGCAGUCUUCGUCUUUCGAAUCAAUCCUCCUGCCGAAGGAGGUAAGAAAAGGAUAUGAAAGUGUACAGGGCUGACCUCACUUAGUGGAAACAGCUUAUUAGUAAUGAAAUUGAAGAGCUCAUAGUAACUUAUGUAUAACUUAAAAUGCUGAAAGCGAUUCUUUCAUUUAUUGGCAUCAAUACUAAGGACUCACAUAAGGCAGAUUUACAUGAAAUGAAGCAAAAGACCCGUAGCAGUUACGCUGGCUUGAAUACUAAUGAAGUGCUUUCUCCAAGUGUGGUCGACCCUGUACUAUUAGCACAAUUCAAAGGCGGUGCAAACGCAAAUGGUGCCAUCUUUUCCCUCCUCUGAAUUU